AUGUUUAAGAAAAAGCCUACGAUCAAGAAUCUAUCGCCUUUACGGUCUUCUGACCGUCGAAAAAUCGCCGAUCAAAUUAUUAGCGACUAUAAGAUCGAGAUUCCUGCCGGCGCGCCUGCUGGCGAAGACUCGACGCCGUCGAACCCCGCGCCGAACCUUUCGUCUAUUCGGAAUGCCCUCCUUCCUGACAAUUCGCUAUCGGCACGCUUUACAACGACUGCAGGUCCCCAGCUUCGAGAGGUACAGGGCACCGUUUACGUGGGGACACAUCCGGGAGGGGAGGAACGCGUCUUAUGGUUCAAGAUCGAACAUGGACCCGGCGCAGACGGCCGUCUCUACCCUACAGUAUAUACCUUAUGGAACAAUCCCAACCUGGUGCCGUUGCUAUACACCCCGGAGAUGGUCAUGCGCAAACUCCAUGCAGGAGCAGAUUUGAUGACCCCGGGUCUCGCGAAUGAGCCGCCUUUCCCCAAGCGGGCGGUCGAGGGGGCUGUAGUUGCUGUCGCUAGCUUGGAUCGACACACUGUGCCGCUUUUCGUCGGAGUAUGCGAAAUCGAUGUCUCAGCUUUAGGGGAGGUACAAGGUACUAAGGGUCAUGCGGUUCGAGGUCUGCACUGGGAGGGCGAUGAGUUAUGGGCCUGGAGCUCGUCAUCGCGUCCCGGUCAACCCGCGCCGGAUUAUUUGCCGGGCUGGGACGAGGAAGAGCUUGAAGGUGAUGAGGAGGUAGAAGAGAUCGAAGAGAAGGUUGACGAGCUGGCCCUAAAUGAGGACGUAAGCCCUCAAGCGGCAGGCGACGAAGAGCCGGCUGAAUCUGCAGAAGCAUCGCCCGAAGAACCAGCUCCGGUGGAAGAAAAGGAGCCGUCGAUGAAAGAAAUCGACGAAGCUUUCACGAAGGCCUUUAUCUACUCCUUAUAUAAGCUUAAGCAGGACAAUCCGUCUGCUCCCAACCACGGACUAUCCCUUCCCGUCCAACCCUCUUUCUUGAUCUCAAAUAUGAUUACACCUUACCUACCGAUCUUCUCCCCACAGCAAGCCCAGUACUAUCAAAUCAAGAAAACUAGUUGGAAGAACGUCAAGAAGUUUAUCAAGUAUCUUGAUAAGCAACAACUCGUCAAGUCCAAGGAUCGGAAUGGCCAAGAGACUGUUAUACUAGAUGUGGACUUCAACGACCGCCUCGUCGAACAGUUUGUCCCGUACAGGCUUCCGUCUAAGUCCGCGUUGGAGAAUGCUAAGAAGCCUGGCGCGGCUGCGAACAAGAAACCAGAAGCCACGGGCGGUGAUCCCGCUGUUGGCCAAACGCUCACUGUUCAGACACUGUAUCGGCCCACGCAGAAGCUGACGCCGACAAUAUUUCCAGCAUUGUCCAGUACCAACCCACAGAACUACUACAAAUACUCCGAUGUGUCCAAUCAUCUGGACCAAUACCUCCAAUCUCAAAACCCUCCUAUCAUCGACAAGCAGAACCGCCGUAUCAUUUCCCUCAACCCUUUCCUCGCCAACACCAUCUUCACUACCUCUUCCUCCGAAGACAAGAGUACCGUUGCGCGGGGAAAGACGACCCGGGAUGGCCUUCUGAAACGCAUCGUGGAAGACCACAGCCUGUUGACCGCACACUACGCCAUUCUCCGAGCAGGACAGACCCUAGCAGACGUGAAACCCAAACCGGGCGCGACCCCGAAGGUAACGGUGAUCCUGGAGCGUCGCACAGGCUCAAAGACCGUCACCAAGGUUUCGAACCUGGAAGUGUUCGGCGUCAUCCCCAGUCUGCUAGCCGAGGAGCUCCAAAAGAAGUGUGCCAGCAGCACGAGCGUAGCGCAGGCCAAUGGCGCCCCGCGGGGAGUCAUGGAAGUGCUAGUGCAGGGCGAUCAGCGGCGCGCAUUGGAAACGGCUCUUGUGCGACGCGGUCUGAGGACGCAAUGGAUCGACGUGGUGGACAAGACCAAGAAGAAGAAAUAG